AUCUGUCUUUGUCUUACCUAGGUUGACGAGAGUUUCCCCCAGACUAGCAACCCUGAAGGGGCAGAUCUUCUCUUAGCUACCCCAGGAAUGUGGCCGUGAGGUAGAACCCAACAGCUUUCGGAAGAAAAGAAGUCUUGGGCCAUGGCCCAAGUCAGCAUCAACAGUGACUACAGCGAGUGGGGCUCCAGCACUGAUGCUGGGGAGCGGGCCCGUUUGCUCCAAAGUCCCUGUGUGGAUGUGGUACCCAAGAGUGAGGGGGAGGCACCUCCUGGAGAUCCAGACAGCGGCACCACUUCUACUCUUGGAGCUGUCUUCAUCGUCGUCAAUGCCUGCCUGGGUGCAGGUCUGCUCAACUUCCCAGCAGCCUUCAGCACUGCUGGGGGCGUGGCAUCUGGCAUCGCCCUGCAGAUGGGCAUGCUGGUUUUCAUCAUUAGUGGCCUUGUCAUUCUGGCCUACUGCUCCCAGGCCAGCAAUGAGAGGACCUACCAGGAGGUGGUAUGGGCAGUAUGUGGCAAGCUGACCGGCGUGCUGUGUGAGGUAGCCAUCGCAGUCUACACCUUUGGAACCUGCAUCGCCUUUCUCAUCAUCAUUGGGGACCAGCAGGACAAAAUUGUAGCUGUGAUGGCAAAGGAGCCUGAAGGGGCCAGUGGCGGCCCCUGGUACACAGACCGCAAGUUCACUAUCAGCCUUACUGCCUUCCUCUUCAUCCUGCCCCUGUCCAUCCCCAGGGAGAUCGGCUUCCAGAAAUAUGCCAGCUUCCUGAGUGUUGUGGGUACCUGGUACGUCACCGCCAUUAUAAUCAUCAAGUACAUCUGGCCAGACAAAGAGACGCGCCCAGGGGACAUCUUGACCAGACCAGCUUCCUGGAUGGCCGUGUUCAAUGCCAUGCCCACCAUCUGCUUUGGAUUUCAGUGCCACGUGAGCAGCGUACCCGUCUUCAACAGCAUGCGGCAGCCGGAAGUGAAGACCUGGGGUGGAGUGGUGACAGCUGCCAUGGUCAUAGCACUGGCUGUUUACAUGGGCACAGGCAUCUGUGGCUUCUUGACUUUCGGAGCUGCAGUGGAUCCUGAUGUGCUCCGGUCCUACCCGUCCGAGGAUGUGGCUGUGGCCAUUGCCCGGGCCUUCAUCAUCCUGAGUGUGCUCACCUCCUACCCCAUCUUGCACUUCUGUGGGCGGGCUGUGGUGGAAGGCCUGUGGCUGCGCUACAAGGGGAUGCCAGUGGAGGAGGACGUGGGGCGGGAGCGGCGGCGGCGCAUCCUGCAGACACUGGUGUGGUUCCUGCUCACCCUGCUGCUGGCACUGUUCAUCCCUGACAUCGGCAAGGUCAUCUCAGUCAUCGGAGGCCUGGCAGCCUGCUUCAUCUUCAUCUUCCCAGGACUGUGCCUCAUUCAAGCCAAACUGUCAGAGAUGGAGGAGGUCAAAGCUGCCAGCUGGUGGGCACUGGUCAGUUACGGAGUCCUUCUGGUCACCCUGGGAGCCUUCAUCUUUGGCCAAACUACAGCCAAUGCCAUCUUUGUGGACCUCUUGGCAUGAACGCUGCCUCCCUGAAAACGUGACCAAGAGCCAUCUCUCAGAGCUUUGGAGCCACCCCAAAUCUACGUCCUGUUCCAGCUGGCGAGGUGACAAUCUGGACCCCUUUUUCCAGGAACAGUCAUGAGAUAAUCAGCCUCAAAUCGGUGGACAGCUCCCGCCCAGCUGCCUUUUUGGUCCCCAGCUCUGGCCUUGACAUGGAUGGUGGCUGGAGGUCCCACAUCACAGGAGAUCCCCCUUUUCCCAAGCAUCAAGUCUUUGGGACCUGUGACUGGAGAGGGUCAGUGAGUCUCAGAAGAGAGUCCAUUCUGACUUCCCACUGGGAAGAAACAAAAUGCAUAUGUGCAGGGCUGGUAUCCUCCACAGAGCAAGUGAGGGCUGUGCUCAGUAUCAGGGUUUAGUGCCUGCCCGUGUCUCUCAGAAGCCAAUGAUGGCUUCUCCUGGGACCUGGCAACUUCCAAAGGACGCUGACAUCAUUUAA